AAGCACCACCAUCCCAACCCAUACCACCGUACCACAGUUACAAUCCGAAUAGCAUGCAUAUGUGAUGCGCUCAUCUGCGUAGAGCUGUCGCAGUCUUGCGCAUAGCCCGUCUAUUGUCGCACCAUCAGAUACGCAUAGCCCGCUGGCGGGGGCUAGAGUCUGCGCAGCAGCAGCGUUAGCCUCCGUUUCAAUCGAAUCUGUCAAGUCGACGACGACAACAACAAUACAAAGUCCAAAAUGGAACGACCGGUCCGCAUCAUACUGCGGAGACUUAUCCAGUCCCGUCUGGCACGAACGGCCAACUCUAAACGCACAUUCGUCGGCCCGACACGGUCCUCUUCAUCGUCACGACCACAACUGCCGUUCCUCUCCGUACCGCAGGCCAAGAACGAGCAGUUUCGCUACCUCACGACAGAGCGCAAGCAGAGGAUAAAAUACGAGCUUCUGCUGGGCAUAAAAUGGGGCCUGACCGGCUGGGCCAUCAUAGGAUGCUGUGUGAUCGGCUUCUGGAGCGUCCAGCAGGAUUGGCUGGAGCGGUACUACCCGACGCCGAGCGACUGGAAGUUCUUGACGCGCUUGCGCUUCCGGCUCAUGAUGUGGUGCCCCGAGCGGAAGGACACGCCCAUACCGGACUGGUCGCUGACGUGGGAGUACGCUAAGAACGUGGUGGAGCGGUUGGAAGACCCUGCGAUAGACGGCGCUGGCGUCACGGAGCUCACCGAGGGCGGGAUCUGGAUCGGCGACGUCGGCAACGCCGGUUUCGACGUCACGGCAAAGAGCGAGCCGUGGAGGAGAGGAUACUACCAGGCGCUGAUGCAGCUCGCCAAGAGUGCGGAGUACCUCGACGGCUGUUUCACACCCAAGGACCGCAAGGAGGCAUUCUUCGCGGACCAGCUGAUUGGGCCGUCAAACCCCUAUCCCAGGCCUAUAUAUCCUGGCCAGUCAAACCCGCCUCGGGAAGAGGACGUUGUGCGCAUAGCACCGCCACCCGAGGAGUAUUACAUGAAGAUCCUGACGACACGUGGAUUCUCGACCAAGCAGAAGAUUGACGCUGCCCUCGCGCAGGCAUCAUAUCUCGAGUACAAGUCGCUUCCCGAGGCAGCGGCCAACAUGUACGACUGGGCCUUGUCCCUGGCGACAGAAAACAUCGUCCCCGCGGCUCUCCCGUUCGACCAGAAGACGCUCGUGCUCCGCGACGGCGCGCGGAACGUGUCUGCGAAUGUUCUCGAGAUCUUGACGUCGAUAGCCACAUUGAAGGCCCAGAAUGGCGACGUCCCCUCGGCUCUGCCGAUUCUUGUAUCUGUGCUGAGAGCUCGGCGCUCAUUACCAGAAGCGGACGUCUUCGCCGCGCCCGCGGGCCCAACGCUUGGUAGCGCUAUGAGCUGGGAGCAUCUUUCAGUACCCCCGGCGCCGGAUGAUGGGAUGUCUCCACCCGUGCGGGACGCCCAGGAGCUCUGCGAAGAGGCCGGGCUCAACCUAUAUAUUGGUGAGAUCGUCUACACGAGCAACGCCUCCGCCAGAGAAGAAGGCGUUGGCUGGACGCGCGAGGCCGUGGAUGCCGCACAGGAGCAACUACACAAGCUCGGUCCCAAGACGGAGGACCACAAGGCUCAGCAGAGAUGUCGCGAGUGUCUGAGCACCGGGUUGACCAACUGGGCCAAGAUGGUGGACCGUCUGGCCAAGGAUGAGCUGUCUAAACAGGCCGCCUCGGAAGUGAAGAAGCAAAAGUCGGGUAGCUGGCUCGGCUUAUGGAGCGAAGGCACCAAGAAGGACACCGCUGGCGAUGCUGGCAGGUGGGCAGCCGAGGCGGCUGUCAUCAAGGAGAGAUCGAGACGUGCGCAGGAUCUGCUUGAGGAUCUUGAGGCGCCGGGACAGGGCAUCUCUGCUCCGUUCAGGGCAUAGGCUGUUCUGGUUCCUUUUGCAAAUGACUUGGGGGACACUGUCCUGUUUCUAGGUGGAGAAGGCUACGGUGCUUGCUUGACUCACUGCAGUCCCGACUACUAUGGUGUGGAGAAUUUUAUGUAUAACGAUGUUGUACGAGUAAGCAGGCAAAGCCCACCGCUUUCAAGGGAACUUUCAAAAUCGAUACCACUUUUGACACAUGACCAAGUGUGCCUCGUAGGAGCAGAUUCGCUGUCUUCUAUCUGCAAAUAUCAUGAGAUUGCACCUCCGCCUCCCGCAUUUGCUGCCUGC